CCCGUCCUAAAGAAGAAUUUAUCAUUGGCGCCAGCACUUGACCCCAGGCCCUUAGCCGUUAGCUCACGAAGAUGCGAGACGCCCAGGUCUUUGUGCGGUGCGGGGCGCCGGUAGGCACCCUAGCAGUCAUGUGCUCAGCUAAGGACACCGUUCAGUCUCUCAAGGAGCAGCUAGCGGCCCGAAGCCCGGAGCUUGGCCCCUGCCGUUUCAUGCGUCUGCAAUAUGGAGGCGCGUCGCUGCCCGACGACCGCAUGCUCGGCGAUUUUUGCAGUCCCAGCGCCACGUUGCAGCUCAGCUACCGGCUUCGCGGUGGCGGUGGCGACGGUGGCUCUACUGGGGCGGAGUCGCGCUCCUGCUACCUGGAGAUGUACGCGUACAAAAAGGUUGAGAAGGUCAACCCGGAAGAGGCGCGGCUGGCCAAGUGGACCCGCUGCCACCUCUCCGGCGAGCUACUGGCUGCCCCCUGCGUCGCCGACGAGCUGGGCAACCUGUACAACAAGGACGCGCUCAUCGUGCGCCUCCUCGACAAGAGCCUGCCGCCCACGCUCUCCCACAUCACGGGGCUGCGCUCCGUCGUGGAGCUGAAGCUCACGCCCGCCGCUAACGGCAGCGGUGCCAACGGCGCCGGCGCCGCCAAGGCGCCCAAGGCCGCCUCUCAGGUCUCCUUCCAGCCCGGGAACGAGUCACAGUUCUGCUGCCCGGUCAGCGGCCAGCCCUUCAACGGGCGCUACAAGUUCGUUAUCCUGCGGCCCAGCGGGCUGGUGGUGAGCGAGAAGGCCGUCAAGGAGGUGCCGGCGGCAGUGGAGGAGCUGGCCGAGGCUGGCGGCAAGAAGCUGGCGGAGCUCGAGAGCAUCCCUGUGAACCCCACGGGCGAGCAGUUGGAGCAGCUUCGCGCCAAGCUGGCGGCGCGUGCGGCGGAGAAGGCGAAGGCGGCGGCGAGCAAGAAGGACAAGAAGCGCUCGGCGGCGGCGGCUGCAGACGAGGCGGCCGGAGCCGCUGGCGUGGCAGCCCCCACCGCAGGGCGGGGCGCAUCGCCGCCUCUGGAGGAUGGGGCGGGCGGCGCGGCGGCAGCAGCAGCUGCGGCUGCUAAGCGGCUGAAGAUCCCUCAGGGCGCCAGCAAGGAUGUGUACUCAUCCAUCUUCAGCACCAACAAGGGCGGUCAGCCGGAGAAGGAGACGUUCUGCUGCCGCGCACUGAGCGCCCGCGGCAUGAACCUGACGUAGGGUGUAUUUGUAGCGGCAGUGGGCCGUCAUGACGUAGGGCUUGGGACAGCAGCAUGAGCCUGACUGAGUGGAAAAAGUGGGAGGCAGAUGGGACGCGGGCGGCACGUACGCGGGCUGCGGCGGACGAGGAGGAAGAGCAGUGUAGGGAGAAGGAGCGGCGGCGCUGGGGCGUGAUACAUCGGGGCUAUGCAGGUGGCGCAGUUAUGUUUACGGGUUGCGACUUCUGCUGAACGUUUGGAUUGCGUGGACACUGUGACCCGGGUUUUGGCAGCAGCCGGUUGAGCACUGACGGGCCACGAAAGCAAAAGCUACCGACGUUGCAGGCUGUGUGUGCACGUGCAUAGCUUACGCCUGGCAGUCGUGGCCAUGAUUGCGUGUCGUCCAUACUAUUUCCGUGCAAUUGUAAGCUAUGUGUCUCAACUGUGCGGUACUUACCAUCAUAGCAUAGCUGGCUGGUGAGGAGGUCUGGAGGCGGCUGCCAGUCAGCAUUAUGCCGUGCAGCUGCAACGGGUCCAGGGGUUGCGCCCGGAUGACUUGGUGGUGCGGUGG